UCUUGUGCGUGUGUUGCAUUGUCUCAUUUGGAACUGCUGCAGCCUGCUUGGCACACGACGGUCACUCGUGGAUCCGGUCGCGGCUCAUCUCCGCAGUGAAAUCAUCCACCGUCGGCUUCAACGCGCGUGAAUGACCCGGCUGCUAUGUUGCCACCUCUCGCCCGGAUGCCUUGUCCGCUCCGCGGAGCGUAGCAUUCGUCGCCCUCUGCUCGCCGACUGAGCGGUGGCCAGCGGCGACAGCGAGGAGGGAUGGCCGCCGGCCGCCGCGGCGGCUGCGUCAACUCGCUGUGGUCGGGUACCGAGCGCGUCCGCAUCGGGGAGCGUCUCAAGGCGACGCUGGCCGGGGUUCUGGAGCUGGAGCUGCUGCGGUGCAAACACCUCGAGAUGGUGGACACCGCUCUGGGGGGUCGAGGCAACGCGAGCGGAACCCCGGGGAGCGGAGCACUCCGCGGGCAACAGGCUCCCUCCCCCUCUGACACAAUGGGCCUGUCAAGUCAGAGUAACCCAGACAACUCCUGUAGUAACUCUGGCGACGGAACGGUACAUUCUUCACUGGGUGGGGGGAGUAACUCCCGCUGGUCCACUCUGUCCUGGGACGCCCCCUCUGACCUGCUGUCACUGCCCACACCUGACCCCGGUGGUGUGGUCCAUCUGGACAGUGAUUCCAGACCAAGCUCAGGUUUCUAUUCAGUGAGUGGGAGCUCUCUGUCAGACUCAUGCUACUCAGUGUCCAGUGAUGCUGCCCAGGGUGGACUGGUACAGGCGAAUAGACCCUUAAAGCUUUGGGAACACGUCCCUGGGUCUGUGGGCAACACUGACAUCUUAUGGUCAGACUAUGCGGUGCAACAGCCAGUAAAUCACGAUCACCGCAAGGACGCUGAGCCAACCCAACAGCAGUCAAUGUUAGUCUCAAGUGACCCUAAAGUGUCUGGUCUCAGCUUUCUGUCCGACCUCUACUCAGGCCUCAACCACUCAUUGAUUUCUUCCCUUCUCAAGCUUGACCAUGUUUCCACAUCUUCUGUCUUCUCCAAUGCACAACGGCCCCAGUUAGACCCGUGCUACUGCGAAGACCUUGUAUCCUGUAAGACAAAAGAGGUGUACCCAUACCCCAGUCCAUUGCAUGCCGUUGCCCUCCAGAGUCCUCUUUUUACUUCUCGGACACAGGAGCAAUCUCCUUCCCUAAACCCUGAAGGAAACCAAGCAGAUGAGCGAACAGAAACCAUCAGUGGUGUAAGUCUGCCUCACCAGCGUCAGAAUGCCAUAAACCCAGCUUCUUUGACCCAGCUGGAGCAGUACAUCUCUCGACUAGCUCGACAAUACCACCAUCGGAUAAACCUCUCCAUCCCUGAUCUCGCACAUUGUCCAGUCAUAAACAGAGGCCUUAACACGCCUGGUAAAAGUCACGGGUCCACACAGUCCCUGUCUGCCUUUGAAAGCUGCAGUACACCUUCCAUGCUGCCGGGGGGCAAUUUAACACCCUGCAAAUCACUACUGGGUAACUCGGGUAGAGUCAGCCUCAGCACUACUGGAAAAAAACCCACCAGGAAUUCGAUCAACCUGGGUAGCCUUCCCUCUGCCACCGGAGAGGAUUUGAACAUCAAUUUGCAUCUUAACCUAAACUUGAACCUUGCCCCUGGUUUAAACUCCAACAGGGGAAUUGUUGACAAAUCCAAAAAUGUCAAUCUGGGGGUUGAUCCUGCAAGUUCAACUGCUUCAGUGGUGACACAACCGUCAUCAACUCCUGGCCCUGCGCUUCGAGCACGGCCUCGAAUUUCCACCUGUCCCACCUCCCUGAACCACCGCAGUUCCUUGGAGGUCACUUCGGGUCCUGCACCUAAUUCUGGAUUUGGACCAGCAACCUUCCCUCACUCAUUGGACUGGAGUGCUGGACCACCGUUUGGCACCAGUUUUGUAUCAGCUCCAGGGUCCCAGCGCAACAGCUUGAUGCAGGAGUCCAGCUCCAGUCCCAAGCUGAUUGAGGACUCCCCCAUGGUGGGGGAAAUCUCUCGUCUCUCUGGUUUGUCGCGGGCUGUCGUGGUCGGGCUGAUGGAGCAAGGCGUGGAAUUGGACAUCGACUGCUUCCAGGCAGAGGCGGCCAGUGAGUUGAAGAAACACAAAGAUCUCCUUAAGGCCCACGCAGAACACCCACAUGACCACAUUAGACUGACCGACCUGAACCCUCUGAGACCAAUCCAGCUGUCUCUCAGUCUCACCCAUUCUCCACAGUCCCAGUCUAGUCUCACCCCUCCCCUCUCACACUCCAGCAGCCCGAUCCACCCUUACCAGUCCAUCCAUGCUCCCUCCCCAGUCUACUCCUCACACAGCCGUUACCAGCAGGUCCCUUCCCCAUCUGACCCACCCUCCUCAACGGCUUCCUCCCCUACCUCCCAACCUGUGCAAAGAGCCCACUACACUCCUCAACGUCCUCUCCAACCCUCUCCAAUGGGAGCGACCCCUCUCUCAGUUUUCCGAAGAGACGCCCCUUUCCAGUGUUCGCUUCCCCGCGCUACCACCAGGACAUCUGCGGAGUAUUGUGGCAUCCAUCCCAGGAGUGGGUCCCUUCGACACACUGGGGGAGGAAGUGAGUCUGGUGGGAGCUGGAAUAGGGUGGAGGGGGAUGGGCUUUACAGAGGUAAGCAUGGGUCUCACAUGCUGAUCAGGGCAGCGACUGUGAGCAGCUAUGCCAAGAGGGAGGAAUAUGGCUCUGCUUGGUGUGAGGAUGAGGAGACAGCAUCAUGCAGAAAGACCAACAAACUUAGCAGAGCUUUUGAGGGUCGCCUCUGGGGAAAAGACACUCAGAGGGAGGAGAUGGAUAGGGCAGAGUAUGGCUACGGAUGGACAAGGACCAUCGGUGGAAGGGGGGAACAGAGAAGGGUGAAGGUGGCACCUUGCGCUCAAGACAAGAGGCCAAAGGUAGAAAGCUCACCUGUUUUCUCCAAGAAGAGGGGGAAGGAGGGUGGGGAGAAAAGGAGCUCCAGUGUCAGGAUGUCCAGGAGGUCUCUGUUCAGGAGUGAGUCUCAGGGCUUGCUAGUGCCUCACAACCAAGAUAAGUCCACAAGACAGUCAAACUGGGUUUCCUCUUUCGAUGUGGGGCAAAGUGCCAUGACUGCGGGCAGGGAUGAGGGUGCCAGACUGCUGAGCGCAAAUGAGGACAAGCACCUCUCGUCCACUGCAAGCCUCUUUAACCUCUCCUGCUCUCAGAGCUUCGAGAGCAGCAGUCACUCCCUCACUCCUCUUUCCUCUCCCUCCUUCUCUCCAUCCCCACCACCAAGACUGCCCCUCCAGCGUUCUCGAUCCCUGAGGGACUUGGGGAGGCGAGUUUUUGGCUCCAUGAGGUCCUUAAGCCUCAAACAGAAACCAUCAAAGAAGUGAUGUUUCAGCUGACUGAUGUUAAAACUGUAAAAUUUAAAAAGUAGUGCUUUUGAACUGGAGAUACUGAAUACAGGUUCUCUCAACAACCACACAUUAGCUGCAGAGUUCCUCUCAGGCACAUCCAUAAAAUGUAUUACUUCCAAAGGGGCUUGAAGCCUAAAUAGAUGGCUAGGGAACUUGACUGCACUGAAUCUCUUUAGGAGAGCGCCGGAAGUGUACAAAAGAGAAUGUAAACUAUCAGCAUCUGAUGACACAAAGACCCAUAUAAACAUGUGCAUUUCUGUGAGGUUUUGUAGAGCACGACUCUGGGUAAAAGUAGCUACAGUAAUAGUAAGACAGUGAAUAUACUCAUAUCAGCGACUUGAAUGCUGUAACUUAUGAAUUUAUUUGUAUGCACUCUUAUGCAUGCUGCUCUGUGACAAGUUCAGUGAUCAGUUAUUGUGAGAACAUUCUUUUUUUUUUAUUAUUAUUAUUGGCAAUCCUGCCUCUGAAGUACAAUCAUACUGGACAAAUGUUGACCAAAACAAAACAUUUUAUCUUGAAUGUGCUCAGGAUUUUGAAAUAAUUAUUGAGUGUGACUUCACAAUAAAUAAAAUCUCAAACUAAA